CGAAACUUUUUGUCGUAGUUACGAACGGCGUUGAAUCGGAGGGCCAUUGGAUGAACUCCAUGACAUGACAUGACUUGGUGACGCCGAAAUAGGGCAGACACAGUCAUUCCUGGAGCGUCCGAGUUUUGUUUACAUUUAUUGAAGGCCGUUGUAUUGCGAACAUUACAAUUGCUCCGGCUUACUACGUCACAAGUUUUUGUACUAUCGUUUCCUACCCCCUGACUAGAAUUGGAAGUUACAUUCUUGUCCCCGCCUAUUGAACUCUUUUUGCCGGUCAAGUAUUGUACAAAGAAGCAGCAGCCAUUGAAACUUUGAUCUGAUACCAUGGCAUCCUCGUUCCCUCCCGAGCCAGUCUCAACAAUAGAUUGGUCUAAUGUCGGCUUCAAAAUUCGCGAGGUCAACGGUCACAUCGAAUCCCACUACUCCGUCCAGACCGGCGAGUGGUCACCGCUGAAAUGGGUUGAGGACCCUUACAUCAGGAUCCACGGCAUGGCGCCGGCCCUAAACUACGGCGUACAGGCCUACGAGGGCCUCAAGGCCUUCCGCGGUCCCGGCGACAAGACAAUCCAGAUAUUCCGCCCCGACCGCAACGCCACGCGCCUGCAGCACUCGGCAUCGUUCAUCUGCAUCCCUCCCGUCCCGGUCCAGCUCUUCAUGGACGCCGUAACCGCCGCCGUCGCUCGCAAUGCCGAAUACGUUCCGCCGCACGAGACGGGUGCCGCCAUGUACAUCCGCCCGCAGAUCUACGGUUCUUCGGCCCAGCUGGGGCUCAACCCGUGCGAGGAGUACACCUUUGCCGUCUACGUAGUGCCUACAGGCGUGUACCACGGCACCGCCCCCACAAAAGCGUUCAUCCUGGACGAAUUUGACCGCGCGGCGCCCAACGGCACCGGAAGCGCAAAGGUCGGAGGCAACUACGCACCUGUUCUGAAGUGGGGAGAAAAGGCCAGGUCCGAAGGCUACGGGAUAAACCUCCACCUCGAUUCGGCAACCCACUCUGAGAUCGACGAGUUUUCAACGAGUGGUUUUAUUGGUGCGAUCGACGAUGGCCAAGGCAAUAUAACUAUCGUGGUUCCAGACUCCAAGAAUGUGAUUGACAGCGUAACGAGUGAAAGCAUCCAGGAGAUUGGUGCAAGCUUUGGCUGGAAGGUUGAGAAGCGAUCGAUCAAAUACACGGAGCUGCCCACGUUCAGCGAGGUGAUGGCAGCAGGGACAGCUGCUUCGCUCGUGCCCAUCCGCUCUAUUACUCGAAAGAUCAGCUCCUCAGACCCCAAGUCCCUGGCCGCGACCGUCAAACAACACCCGCGUCUCGAAGUAACGGUAGAUCAGGAAACAGUCACCUAUGUCCCUUCCUCUCAACCGGAAGCCGGCCCGAUCUGCACCAAGCUGCUUUCACAAUUCAAGGGUAUCCAGCUUGGCAAAGUCAAGGACGAAUUUGGUUGGAACCAUAUGGUGACCGAGGCAGACACGAAAAAGGCAGCAUGAGUGAUUGAAGCGAGUUUAGUUGGUACUUUUGAUGUCAUACAAAAAGCUUAGAAGAUGCGUAGGAUGAACGAGGGUGGCGAGGGGUAUCUUGUGAACAUAUAUGCUGUUCGGGAGGCCCUAGUUGCUGUCGACAAUCCAAGAUAGCGUCAAUUUGGCAAGAUUAAUCGACCGUCCUUUGAGGAAAGCCAGGCGGAAACACCACGGUGGUGUGCUCAAGUCCAAAACGCCCGCAAUGACCUAGUG